UGUCUUCCUCAUUAGGUGAGGUAUGGACAAGAGGGAUAGGAUCAAAUCAGGAACUGCCCCGCGGAUGCCGGCUUCACGACCCCCUGGCCUUCUGACCCCUAGGCCUCCUUCUGGGUCCGCUCGACCUCCUCCCCCUGUAACCACUGCUGCCCUUCGAGUCUUGGAAGCAAAUGGAGCUGUGGGGCGAAGGCCUCUGGUGGAGCGAGCCCCAGGGGUCUGCAAAGCAGCUCUUCCACAGACCAGCAAGGCGGCUCUUCCACAGACCAGCAAGGCGGCUCUUCCACAGACCAGCAAAGCUGCUCUUCCACAGACCAGCAAAUCGGCUCUUCCACAGACCACUAUUCACGCGUCACUAGCACGCAGUGCUGGGGCAGGUCCUCGCAGCCCAGCCAACAGGUCCCCAUCUUCUGGGAAAGGAGAGCGGGCCCUAAUGAAGACCUCUGGCCAGGGCUCUAAUUCUAGCCCUGGGCAUGCCAGCAGUGCGAUUGCCAGACCAGGCCCUGUUGUCCAGAAGAGACUCCAACCUCCGACUAAGGAACCUGCGGUCCGAGGUAAAGCACCAGAGACGCCCAAAAGGAAUACUCUGACCUCUGGAACACGAAGAGUUUUGUCUGCAGAUUCUUUAGGGCCCACCUCAGGAGCCCCUUCCCCUGCCAUCACCCGUCGGUCAAGGGCCCCAGCUACAGAGGUGGGACUUCCUCAAUCAGCUCCCAGUACCAGACAGAGACCUCUGACCACCGAGGCACCCAGGAAACCUGUGAGCAGUGCUUCUGAACCCAGUGCCACGGAGCUGAGCCCAGCCAUUAGGAGGCGCUCUGUCGCUGGUGGCAGCCUGCAAAAGCCUGUCUCCCGUUCCCUGAUCCCCAGUGCUACUCCUCAGCUCUCCCCAUCCCGCUCCGGGGUCUCACCGCGUGUAACUCCACGGGCUCCUGGGCAUACCUCGCAGCUCAAGCCGAAAGGGCAGCAAGCCCUCCACCCAACCCAGACUACAGUCUCAAGGAAAACUAGGCCCUCUGGACAGAGCCCGAUUUCUGCUUCAUCUUUAGUCACGCCUGCUCCACCUGGUGCUUCCUCUGUCCAAGUCCCAGAUGAUCCCUUGCGGAACACACUCCCUCCCUCUCCACCCGCCACCCCGCCUCUGCCUGCUUCACUUCAACCACUCCAAGCACAAGCCUCUGCCCAGGCCAUGCCCCAUUCACAGUCUGGACACUGCUCCCCAUCACCUCCCCCUCUUUCUCUGCAGAACCUCCCCUCUCCACCAGCCACACCCCCUUUGCUAGCUCCACCCACAUGUCUGAGUACCGAAGAGGCACCUGACUCACCCCCACCAAGAGCUGCCUUCUCUCCAUCGCUCCCCCCCCUUAUAGAGAGUAAGACCCGCGAUCAGGCUUCAGCAUCGCUCCCUCUGGAGACUCUCUCGGCCACGCCUUCCUCACCUGCUCCUCUACCUCUAGCCACGCCUCCUCCACAACGCCUUCCUUCUCCGCCGAUUUCCCCGAUUUCCCCGCAGAAUUCGCCCACUGCCCUUGUCACACCCUCUCAGUUGCCUCUCUCCACUCUAACGACUCCCCCUUUCCAGGACAACCUUUCUGUGUCUCCUCCCCCUCCCCAGGCCACGCCCUCUAGUCGGACCACGCCGCCUUUGCAAGACCCUCUGCUUUUGGCCAUUUCUCCUCCCGUUUCUUCCUCUGCCUCCACCUCACCCCCGUCUCCCGUGGCCACGCCUCCUCCGAGGCGCCCUCCUUCUCCGACUUUGCCCACUUCACAGGCCUCUUUGUUGACCUGGCCGCCCGCUCCGGCCUCCUCGCCCCAACAGGCCACGCCUCCUCCUUUGGCCGUGUCCCCUCUAGCCACCCACGUCUCUAUGGGCUCGCAAUCUCUGCAGGCCUCGCCUUCUUCCUUGCCUGCCCCCCCUAUGCAGCCAGGCGCUGUCCCCUCGCCUCCUUGGCAGGCGCCUCCUGCCCCAUACCCUUUGCCUCCUUCCUCACCCUCUGCCUCCCCCCCUCUGCCGGCUCUUCUCUCCCCUCCUGCCUCGCCUCCUCUGGAGGGCCUUUUUGCUCCCUCAGCCUCACCUUCGUCUCCCUUGGCAACGCCCCCUCCAGAAGCCCCACCUUCGCUGGGCUCCCCCACUCUUUCGCCCCUGGCCACACCCCCUCCACAAGCCCCACCUCUGGACACACCCCCUCUGCAAGCCCCACUUCUGGCCACACCCCCUCUGCCAGCUUCCACCUCUUCCCUGGACACAGGCACGUGUUCGGCACAGGGUCCUCUCUUGGCUUUGCCUCCUCUGCACACUUCUCCUUCUCCGCUGACUCUACCCCCUCCGCAGACCCCACCUUCUCCGGCCUUGCCCUCGCUGCAGCCUCCCCGCUCCCCAUUGGCCACAGCCACACCCCCCUUACAGAUCCCCCUUGUGGUUCUACCUGCUUCACAGACCCCUCCUUCUCCCCUGACCACUCUCCCUCCGGGGCCCGCUCCUGGCCUGACCUCGCCCGUUGUUCAGCCUCCUUCUCCCCUGGCCUCGCCACCCCUGCAAGCCCCUCGUCGGCCCCCGACCCCGGGUCCAGAUGUCCCUAUCUCAGGGCCACGGCUGACCCUGGCGCUGGCCCCUGCCCCGCCGCUGCCACCCUCGCGAAGCCCGUCCAGUACGCUGAGCGGCCCGGACCUGGCAGGCCACAGCAGCAGCGCCACGAGCACACCGGAGGAGCUCCGCGGCUACGACAGCGGGCCCGAGGGCUGCGCCGCCAUCUCCCCGGCCCCGGACGCCGAGCUAGCUGCCUGCCACCCGGCCUCCUGGAGUCGAAGCUCUGCGCAGUCCUUAGCAGUGCGCGGCACUCCAGGAGUCUCCCUGCCGUGGCCUCCCACCGCUGGCUCGGGUUCCUCUGAGGGCCUGUGCACCAUCUACGAAGCUGAAGGACCAGAGUCGGUGGCCCCCACCCCUGGAUCCCUAGAUGUGGAGCCAGAACCGAGGCCUGGCUCUGGCAGCGCGAAGGUGACUGCUGCACCCUGCGCAGGAGCAUCCUCUAGAAGCCCAAAGUCCGCUCGCCUUGGCGAGCUGCCGCUGGGGGCGCUUCAGGCCAGCGUCGUGCAGCACUUGCUGAGCCGGACACUGCUGCUAGCGGCCGCAGACGGUGCAGCUGCGGGUAGCGAAGGCGGUUCAGGGGGUGGUGGUGUCCCGGGAGGAUCCCGGGCACCUCUCAGCGAUGCUGAAUUGGGCCGCUGGGCCGAAUUGCUGUCUCCUUUGGAUGAGUCGCGUGCCAGCAUCACUUCGGUCACUAGCUUCUCCCCAGAUGAUGUGGCCUCCCCACAGGGUGACUGGACUGUGGUGGAAGUGGAGACUUUUCAUUGAGCCAGACCCUAGCCCUGUCCACCAUACACAUACCAUGUUAAAAUCCACCCUUCUGGUUACACCUCUUUUGUCUUAGUUUCCACUCCCACUUCCUGCUACACUUGGGUGGAUUGGUUUUUACCUCUAGAGCCCCGUGUUUGGGUCCAGGCUGUACCCCUGUUCUUCCUUGGCUUAGUCUUGCACUGUACCCACACCACACUAGACCUAGGCCUUCCAUUUGAGCUUCUCCUCUUUGGCCUAGUGCACACCUUCUGUUCAGUGGACAACAGUUUACAUGCUGAAUGGUUUACAUGCUGGCACCUGUGCACUCUGCCACCUUGGGAGCUGGGAGACCGCAGAGGUAGUUGGAAGGGCCAGGCUACACUACGCCAGUGCUUAUGCCUGAGAAAGUCGGGGUUCUGGCUAAACUGCGUGACUUCUACAGACAUGGGGUAGUUUGUUCUCCUGGGCACCCCUUGCUACAGCACCUUUGUCCUGGGUGCACUCCUUCUCUUCCAUGCUUGAGAGGUGGACCUAAAAGAUGAACUCAGGUAGAGGGAUAGAGUCCUUGACUUCAUCUGGUACUUCUCCAUGAUGUGUAGUGGCAAGUUGACAAAGUGUAGAAAACACCCAAAAGAGGGGCCUCUUGACAUGCCUAUGGGGACCAACUUGCUUGGGCUGAGGCGGAAACACGCACCUGUUUUGGGUGGCACCAUUCCCUGGCUGGAGUUCUGGACUGUGUGAGCAGAGAUGUGGGCAGCAGUAUGCUUCCACUCCUCUUUUCCCUGAUUGUGGGUGCUGAGUGACCAGCUGCUUCCAGUUCCUAGUCCCGUGACUUCCCCAGGGACCGACGAUACCCUGGA